CCUCAAAAUCCCUUGCCCGGAGAAGACGACCAGAAGAAGCUAUUGCCGCCGAUCUGUCCAAUCCGCCGGUUUCCCCUCUUCUCCUUCCUUCGACAAAAACAUCAACGCCACGAGCACCACCAACUCCCUCUUCCCUUCUUCUCCAAUCUCUAGCUCUCUUGGUGAAAUAUAGUCGGCCAAUAUUCCAAUCUUCCCCACCAGUUUCUUCAACCCCUCCUAUUGACCAUCCCCAAUUCCUCCAUCGUCCCUUCCAAUCUCCCUCGUCGAUUUUACACUCCCUUCAACUUCCACCAUCUUCCUCUCUCCGACUUCCAGUCGAAGGAUCUGAAUCGUCUCGGCGACAUUCCUCUCACGCUCUGCUUCUCUACUUCCUCGCCCUCCAUUCCAUCCAUGCUCGGCCUCUCCCUCGGCUCGAGAAGCAGAUCCAGUAAACAGAGGCCUUCAACUCCCUCAUCGCUGCCUCCUUAGCUCUUCCAGUAGAUGACAAGUUAGGGAGAAGCAGAUCUAGUAAGAUAAAAUAGAGGAAGAAGAACCCAAAAGAAGGCUCGUGUUCCUCAAGCGACUGGUAAUCCCUAGCUCGCUCCAUCAUCUGACUUCUACACCGAUGGCAUGCGUUGGAGGUUGGGGAUAGCUAAGGAUGCAGCAGCCGAGGGAUUGGUGGGCAGGGGGCGAAUCUGUGGUGUAGGAGGGGAACAACGACUAGGUCGGGAGUGGUGGUGCAAUCAAGGGAUUGGGGAAGGGGGCGAAUCUCUCGAGCCGAGGGAGACACCGAGCAUGGAUGGAAUGGAGGGCGAGGAAGUAGAGAAGCAGAGCGUGAGAGGAAUGUCGCCUAGACGAUUCAGAUCCUUCGGCUGGAAGUCAGAGAGAGGAAGAUGGUGGAAGUUGAAGGGAGUGGAAAAUCGACGAGGGAGAUUGGAAGGGACGAUGGAGGAAUUGGGGAUGGUCAAUAGGAGGGGUUGAAGAGACUGGUGGGGAAGAUCGGAAUAUUGGCCGACUAUUUUUCACCAAGAGAGCUAGAGAUUGGAGAAGAAGGGAAGAGGGAGUUGGUAGUGCUCGUGGCGUUGAUGUUUUUGUCGAAGGAAGGAGAAGAGGGGAAACCGGCGGAUUGGACAGGUCGGCGACAAUAGCUUCUUCUGGUCGUCUUCUCCGGGCAAGGGAUUUUGAGGAUUGGUCAAUUUUGGGUUUUAGUUUGGGGUAGGUCAGAUCAUGGGUUAAUGGGUUGGGUCACAUUGGUCAGGUUUUUAUGAUGUGGGAAGCUUUUAUGACAUGGCAGGAUUGGAUUUUAUUUUUGUCAAAAAUAGGUGACUAGGUGAGUUUGUUAGCCACGUCAGCAAAUAAUUGACGGUGUUAACG